AUGGCUCCCAAACAAGACACACCGUUCCGCUCGGCGGAUAUGAGCAUGGUGCAGCUGUACGUCUCCAACGAAAUCGGUCGGGAGGUCGUCACUGCCCUUGGUGAGCUUGGAUUGUGUCAGUUCCGAGAUCUAAAUGAAGACGUGAGCGCUUUCCAGCGAACCUUUACCCAGGAGAUUCGACGACUUGACAAUGUGGAACGACAGCUGCGCUACUUCCAUGCUCAAAUGGAGAAGGCUGGAAUUUCUCUUCGCAAGCUUGAUUUGGACACCGAGAGACUCGCCUCUCCAUCGACAUCCGAAAUUGAUGAGCUUGCAGAGCGGAGCCACAAGCUUGAGCAACGAGUCUCCGCCUUGAACGACAGCUACGAGACUCUGAAGAAGCGAGAGGGCGACCUUACUGAAUGGCGAUGGGUUCUGCGAGAAGCUGGAAGCUUUUUCGAUCGCGCUCACGGCAAUGUCGAGGAGAUUCGUGCCUCCACGGACAAUGAUGACGCCCCACUUUUGCAGGACGUUGAGCAGCAUCACAGUGCCCCCGAAGUCGAGCGAUCCUUCUCCGGCAUGAACAUUGGCUUUGUAGCUGGCGUCAUUACAAGGGAGCGUGUUGCCGCCUUUGAGCGUAUUCUCUGGCGAACCCUUCGCGGUAACUUGUACAUGAACCAGUCUGAGAUCCCUGAGCCGCUCACCGACCCCUCCAACAAUGAGGCUAUCAACAAGAACGUCUUCGUCAUUUUCGCGCACGGCAAGGAGAUUCUGGCCAAGAUUCGAAAAAUCUCUGAAUCUAUGGGUGCAGAGGUCUAUAGCGUCGACGAGAACAGCGACCUUCGUCGUGACCAGAUCCACGAAGUCAACAACAGACUGCAAGAUGUCCAAAACGUCCUCCGCAACACACAGGCUACUCUGGAAGCUGAGCUGAACCAGAUCUCCCAGUCUCUGUCGGCGUGGAUGGUUCUUAUCGCAAAGGAAAAGGCAGUGUACAGCACUCUAAAUCUAUUUUCGUACGACCGUGCUCGACGAACCCUGAUUGCUGAGGCUUGGUGUCCCACCAACGACAUGCCUUUGAUUCGAUCGACUCUGCAGGAUGUCACCAACCGAGCUGGUCUCUCGGUUCCUUCCAUCAUCAAUGAGAUUCGAACAAACAAGACGCCUCCGACAUAUCUCAAGACGAACAAGUUCACCGAGGGGUUCCAGACCAUCGUGAACGCGUACGGUACUGCUACAUACCAGGAGGUUAACCCGGCCAUGCCUGUUUUCGUCACCUUUCCCUUCCUCUUUGCCGUCAUGUUUGGUGAUUUCGGCCACGCCAUGAUUAUGCUGUCGGCAGCUCUCGCCAUGAUCUACUGGGAGAAGCCGCUGAAAAAGGUGACCUUUGAGCUCUUUGCAAUGAUCUUUUACGGACGAUAUAUCGCAUUGGUCAUGGCUGUAUUCUCCAUCUUUACCGGCUUGAUCUACAACGACGUCUUCUCAAAGUCAAUGACACUCUUCCCCAGUGCCUGGGAAUACACGAAGCCGGAUGGUUGGCGGCCAGGUCAGACCAUCAAGGCUGAGCUGAACAACAACGGUUACCGGUACCCCUUUGGUCUUGAUUGGGCCUGGCACGGCACAGAGAAUACCCUCCUCUUCAGCAACAGCUACAAGAUGAAGAUGAGCAUUAUUCUCGGCUGGGCUCAUAUGACAUACUCCCUUUGCUUUGCCUACAUCAAUGCGAGACAUUUCAAGAAGCCAAUCGACAUCUGGGGCAAUUUCGUUCCCGGAAUGAUCUUCUUUCAGUCGAUUUUUGGCUAUCUCGUCAUUUGCAUCAUUUACAAAUGGGCCGUGUUCUGGCCAGGAGCACAGGCACCUGGCCUCUUGAACAUGCUCAUCUACAUGUUCCUCCAGCCCGGAAAAUUGGACAAUAUCCCUCUGUACAAGGGACAGGCCACUGUGCAGAUUAUUCUCCUCCUCCUGGCAUUUGCUCAAGUUCCUAUUCUUCUCUUCCUCAAGCCCUUCUAUCUCCGUUGGGAGCACAAUCGGGCGCGCGCCAAGGGCUAUCGCGGUAUUGGCGAGACGUCCCGUGUCAGUGCUUUGGAUGGCGACGAUGAGAACGAGGGUCUGGUUAACGGCCACGGCAAUAGCUUUGACGACGACGGCGAGGGCGUUGCUAUGAUCUCGCAGAACAUUGACGAAGAGCAUGAAGAGUUUGAGUUUGGUGAAGUCAUGAUUCACCAAGUAAUUCACACCAUUGAAUUCUGCUUGAAUUGCGUUUCUCACACCGCCUCAUACCUCCGUCUGUGGGCCUUGUCGCUCGCUCACCAACAGCUCAGUAUCGUGCUGUGGGACAUGACGCUUGGUCCUACUCUCAAGGCCAGCGGUGUUGUCGGCGUGAUCAUGAUUGUUGUUGGUUUCUACCUCUGGUUCUUCCUUACUAUUGCCAUUCUGGUGUGUAUGGAAGGCACCAGUGCCAUGUUGCACUCUCUCCGGCUGGCGUGGGUUGAGUCCUUCUCCAAGUUUGCAGAGUUUGCAGGAUGGCCAUUUGCUCCGUUUUCAUUCACUACAUUGUUGGAAGAGGCCGAAGAACUGAAAGAGUUCCUCGGCUAA